AUGUUGAAGGAGGACCUAACGGCCUUCACCCAGUUCCUAGAGGAUAUAACAAGCUACCCGGACAAAGUGUUUCUGGGACAGGGCUUCUUUACCCGAGAAGUGUUACGCAAUGUGGACUACUCCAUCGUCCCCCUGCGCAGGACGACAUGUAAUCAGUAUCCUCGCUCCGUGCUCAGCAUUAACGGUGCCGAACGCGUCUUGGUUGUCAACGUUCCCUGGACAGACCUCUUUUACUCCGAGUCCGGACGCUCAGUUCCGUGGCCUGGGUUCCAGUAUAUGCACCCAAAUCUUGAGUGCAAAAUCGCCACCUCCGAUCACUGGCCGACUAUCAUGACCGGCAUACGUUCGAUCGGUAUAGACGUGAAAUCUCUGAUCUACCGUCUAGAUGAAGCCUUUGACGUACGGAAGUUGGCCAAACCUGUCAAGGAGAUCGAUCUCAUAACAUACAUCAGGACUGCCAUUUUGAAAUGUGAGGGUCCAUGUAUCCGAUGUGAUGAAGAUCACCCUCGACGCUACCCGACGCACCUCUCUUUUUGGCUGUGGUACCUUCGGCGUAGCACAUUCGACGCUUCGCUUAAGAAGGACACCGACAAUAUUGGGCGGGGCCCCCCGGCAGCCGAGGUUGGACCAAGUGCCUAUGGGGACGACGAGGAUAAUGCCGAAGAGUUCGACGAAGAGUCUGAUCUCAAGACUGGCCCAGAUGCGGUCAACGACGAGCCCAACGCCCAAGUAGCCGACGACGAGCCUAGUGCCGCUGAAUCGGACGAGGAACUCAGCGACGAAGAGUCUGAAGACGAGCGCAGCCCCGUUCAGUCCCACUAUGAGACCGGCGUCGAAGAGUACGAUGAAGAGUCCGAUGAUGAUCCCGGCCCCGUUGAAUCCCACCAUUGGCCCAGCGCCGGGCCGUACUAUGAAGAGUCCGAAGACGAGCCCGGUCACGAGCCCGAUGAAGAGUCCGACGAAGACUCUGAAGCAGCUUCCGUCGAAGAGUCCGAUAGCAAUACCAACCCAGUUCUUGUCAACGACGAGCUCAGUACCCAUGGAGCCGAGGUCGCACCUAGUGCCGAUGAGUCUGAUGAGGAGCUCAGCGACGAAGUGUUUGAACCUGAGCCCGGCCCCGUCGCGUCCCACGAUGAGCCCGGGGCCGAAGAGUACGAUGAAGAGUCCCACGACGCGCCAGGAUUUGAUGAGUUCCAUCAUCACCCCAGCCCCAACGUGCCUGAUGAAUGGCCUAUCGCACAUCUGUCCAACAGGAGGCCUAGCGAGCAUGUGUCGAACCAUGAAUCAAGCGAUCCUGAGGAUGAGAACGAUGACGACGGCCCAACUACCGAACCUGGCUACGACCAUAGACCUGGAGAUGUGGCACUCCCAGUGGCCAUGUCCCAAACACCAAACCCUGGAACAUUGGCCGCGAAUCCCACAAAAGACCCUCCCAAGAGCCAGAAGAAGCGUGGCGGGAAAAAGCGCAGCAACAAGAGGCGGAACAACCGCCCGAAGCCUGAGGUUCCACCGCCCCCGGCUGUCGAAGCGCAGCCGCAGCGUUUCGCUCCUCCUCCCAUGACGACGCCCUACUGGCCCCACUACCGGUGA